GGGGUCAGAAUCGAGGGAACUAAUGGUUCCUAGCAAACGUUAUUUGCGGUCGUCGCCACCGGAGCUUGUUCUGAUUCGCUGGCUUCGUCGAGAGGCACGGAACCCAUUUUGGCCGGGAACCACUUCCCUAAGCGCGAGGCAGGAAGUUAUCCUUUACCUCUGGUGUUUGCUGAGGAGAGUUCCCGCUGCAGUGUCAGCGGAGAUCUAGUGGCAGGUGGGCGGGCGGCCGUUCGAGUCCCGCUGCAGUUAAGAGCCAGACUCCAUCGCAGCGCCACGGCACGCUCCGCCAGCCUCGAGCCCGGUGCGGCUGUACGAGGAGCUCUUCCCGGCUCCCUGAAGUCGCUCCUGUGGGUAGCGACCCAGGCUUCGCCUGGGCCACCGGCCGGGGAUCUGGCUCCCUGCUACAAAACAGCGACUAGUCUCUCCGCGUCCUCUCUCCCGGCGUUAAACUACCGAGACGCUGGUCCAGAAAGGCUGCCUUGGACCUGGGACUAAACUGAUCUAAAACGACAGCCUCAAGCUUCCAGACACCGGGCUCUGCGUCGUCUCUGAUAUGUCACCGACCAUCUCCCACAAGGACAGCAGUCGGCAACGGCGGCCAGGCAUGUUCAGCCACGCUCUGGAUAUGAAGAGUGGCCCGCUGCCACCGGGCGGCUGGGAUGACAGUCGCCGAGACUCGGUGGGCGGGGAAGGGGACCGGGAAGUUCUUCUAGAGGAUGCCGGCCCUGGUGACUUCCCAAAAGCCCCGCGGAGCUAUAAAGCCGAACUAAGUAGCAUUUUGUUACUACUAUUCCUUUACGUGCUUCAGGGCAUUCCCUUAGGCCUGGCGGGAAGCAUCCCACUCAUUUUGCAGAGCAAAAAUGUUAGCUAUACAGAUCAGGCUUUCUUCAGUUUUGUCUUCUGGCCAUUCAGUCUUAAGUUGCUCUGGGCUCCCUUGGUAGAUUCCGUCUACUUUAAGAACUUCGGUCGUCGCAAGUCCUGGCUUGUCCCUACUCAGUAUACAUUAGGAAUCUUCAUGAUAUAUUUAUCCACUCAAGUGGACCAUUUGCUCGGAAAUAUUGAUGGCAGAACACCGGAUGUGGUUGCUCUCACUGUGACUUUCUUUUUGUUUGAAUUCCUGGCUGCCACACAGGACAUCGCUGUGGACGGUUGGGCAUUAACUAUGUUAUCCCGGGAAAACGUGGGCUAUGCUUCGACAUGCAAUUCUGUGGGCCAAACAGCUGGCUACUUUUUGGGCAAUGUUUUGUUUUUGGCUCUUGAAUCUGCUGACUUUUGUAACAAAUAUUUGCGGUUUCAGCCUCAACCCAGGGGAAUCGUUACCCUUUCAGAUUUUCUAUUUUUCUGGGGAACCGUAUUUUUAGUAACAACAACAUUAGUAGCCCUUCUGAAAAAAGAAAACAGAGAAACGUCAAUAGUAAAAGAAGAGACACAAGGAAUCACAGACACUUACAAGCUGCUGUUCUCAAUUAUAAAAAUGCCAGCAGUUCUGGCAUUUUGCCUUCUGAUUCUAACUUCAAAGAUUGGCUUUUCAGCAGCGGAUGCCGUGACAGGCCUGAAACUGGUAGAAGAGGGAGUGCCUAAAGAGCACCUGGCCUUACUAGCUGUGCCAAUGGUCCCUCUGCAGAUACUCCUGCCACUCCUCAUCAGCAAGUACACUGCAGGUCCCCAGCCUCUGAAUAUAUUUUACAAAGCCAUGCCCUAUAGAUUGUUGCUUGGAUUAGAAUAUGCCGUACUUGUUUGGUGGACUCCUAAAGUAGAGCAUCAAGGAGGAUUCCCUAUAUAUUACUAUAUUAUAGUGCUGCUGAGUUAUGCAUUACAUCAGGUCACUCUGUACAGCAUGUAUGUGUCAAUAAUGGCUUUCAAUGCCAAGGUCAGUGAUCCACUUAUUGGAGGAACAUACAUGACUCUUUUAAAUACUGUGUCUAAUCUGGGAGGAAACUGGCCUUCUACAGUGGCUCUUUGGCUAGUGGAUCCCCUCACAGUGAAGGAGUGUGUAGGAGCUUCAAACCAGAAUUGUCGAACACCUGAUGCUAUUGAGCUUUGCAAAAAACUUGGCGGCUCGUGCGUUACAGCUCUGGAUGGUUAUUAUGUGGAAUCCAUUAUCUGUGUUUUCAUUGGAUUUGGUUGGUGGUUCUUUCUUGGUCCAAAAUUUAAAAAGUUACAGGAUGAAGGACCAUCCUCAUGGAAGUGCAAAAGAAGCAACUGAUGCCAACAUUACUGGACAUUCUAGAAGGUUUACAUAUGAUUUUGUCACAAGUGCAUCAUGGCACACAGACAACUAAUGAGGGGAUCAAGUUUGUGGUGUGUAUGUGAUUAUGGCUGAGUUGUAAAAAUAAAAAUUUAAUGUCA